GGCCUUCGUUUCGUGAGGAGUCAGUGCAGCAACCGGGCUGUAGUGGAAGGAAGUGAAUUAUUUGUGGGAUUGAUGUAACUUCGGUGUUUAUGAGACUCUCUCGGUACCGUUUUAUUACGUAACCGGUGUCCGUUAACGCAGCGGCUUGCUCAGGUGUGCGCGCGGGACGCCGCGAGAGCCAGCAGGCGCAACCGUCGCUCAAAGCAGUGGAAGUGCUGCGGUGCCGCCUUUAUCGAGCUCGCUAAUAUUGCCGGUCCAGUGUGGUGCGGGUUAAGGUGGGCCUUGCCCGGAUAUUUGACGGCCGAGUAAAAAAAAACAAGAUUUAUUAGGGCAAGAAUCAAGAAAAGGACGAAGCAAAACCAAAAAAAAAAGCCAGCCGUCUUCUUUAACCUGGUGCAUCCGAAUAAGACUUUUAACACUGUCACGCACUUCCUCAGCCUAAAUGGCGGACAACCUGUGCGAAGCCCUCAAGCAGCUGAAGCUGGCAUCUUCGUCCAGUGGCGCCGGCGAGAGCGUGGAAGGCUGCCUGGACUGCCUGCUGAAAGCCCUGGCUCACAACAGUGUGGAGACCAGCGAGAAGAUACAGGAGAUGGGGGUGCUCCCUCUAUUGCCCCCCCUGCUGGAACCCACAUGUCCCUGUGCCCCGAAAGUCGCCAACGUCAUAGCCGAGGUGGCGAAAAACGAGUUCAUGCGGGGCCCGUGUGUGGACGCUGGACUAGUGCCCCCGCUGGUGGAGCUGCUGCACUGCAAAGACCAGGAAGUCCUGCUCCAGACGGGCCGGGCCCUGGGCAACAUCUGCUAUGACAGCCAUGAGGGCAGGAAUGCAGUUGACCUGGCGGGUGGUGCAAAGCUAGUAGCUGAACACUUACAGUCACUGUCCCAAAAUACUGAGCCGGCCAAUGGGAAGCUGUUGACUGUCUUUUGUGGCAUGCUGAUGAACUAUAGCAAUGAUAAUGAUUCCCUGCAGGCCCAGCUGAUCAACAUGGGCGUGAUUCCCACGCUGGUGAAGCUGCUGGGCAUCCACUCGCAGAACACAGCAUUGACUGAGAUGUGCCUGAUCGCCUUCGGGAACCUGGCAGAGCUGGAGUCCAGCAAGGAACAGUUUGCGGCCACCAACAUAGCUCAGGAGUUGGUCAAGCUGUUCCGCAAACAGGCGGAGCACGAGAAGAAGGAGAUGAUCUUUGAGGUUCUUGCCCCCUUGGCAGAGAAUGAUGUGAUCAAGUUGCAGCUGGUGGAAGCAGGGCUGGUGGAGUUUCUGCUGGAGCUGGUGGAUCAGGCUGUGGACGGGGAGCGAGAGGAAGAUGUGGCCGAGCUGAAGACGGCCUCGGACCUCAUGGUGCUGCUGCUGCUGGGGGAUGAGUCCAUGCAGAAGCUCUUUGAGGGAGGCAAAGGCAGCGUGUUCCAGCGGGUCCUGUCCUGGGUCCCAUCCCACAACCACCAGCUGCAGUUAGCUGGGGCACUAGCUGUUGCCAACUUUGCCCGUAAUGACGGUAACUGCAUCCACAUGGUGGACACUGGCAUUGUACAGAGGCUGCUGGAGCUGCUGGAACGUCACGUGGAGGAGGGCAACGUCACGGUGCAGCACGCCGCCCUCAGCGCGUUGCGGAACCUCGCCAUCCCGGUGGUAAACAAGUCCAAGAUGCUGGCAGCUGGUGUGGCAGAUGUGGUGCUGAAGUUCCUCCCUUCGGAAAUGCCCCCCGUGCAGUUCAAGCUCCUGGGCACGCUGCGGAUGCUUGUGGACACGCAGGUGGAUGCGGCCGAACAGUUGGGGACCAAUGCCAAGCUGGUGGAGCGGCUGGUGGAGUGGUGCCAAGCCAAGGACCACGCAGGAGUGAUGGGAGAGUCCAACCGGCUGCUUUCCGCCCUCAUCCGGCACAGCAAGUCGAAGGAUGUAGUCAGGACAGUUAUCCAAGGAGGUGGAGUGAAGCACCUGGUCACCAUGGCAACCAGCGAGCACAUGAUCAUGCAGAAUGAAGCCUUGGUUGCUCUGGGCCUCAUUGCAGCUCUGGACUUGGGUUCUGCAGAGAAGGACUUCAUGAGUGCCGGCCUGGUGCAGGUGCUCCAUAAGCUUCUGUCAGACGAGAAGAGCGCACCGGAGAUCAAGUACAACUCCAUGAUCCUUGUGUGUGCAGUCAUGGGUUCAGAGCCUCUCCACAAAGAGGUGCAGGGCUUGGCCUUCCUGGACGUGGUAUCCCAGCUUAGGACACACGAGAACAAGACGGUGUCCCACCAGGCCUCGCUGACGGAGCAGAGGUUAACAGUGCAGAGCUGAAGGACUCUAAAGUCACUCCUACUCGCCCCGCCUACUGUCUGGUCUCACUUCCAUGUGUCCUGUUGUUACUCCCCGAGGUCUCCCAACCAGUCAGCCGCUCGCUGUCCUAAUAACGAAGCCCAGCCCCUCCUCCUUUCAAUUACACACAUGCAUGCCAUGCCCUGCGAUGUCCCCAGAAGGCACCACAGGCAUCCCUUUGCAAUAGAGAACAAAUCAAGAAGAGAACAAUGUUUUUAAGACCAUAGCUGUGAAGUCUGCCAGUUGGGGAAUAAAAAAAAACAAAUAAAAAGGGAUCGUGGGGGGAGGGGCAAAUCCUUAAUUCAUUCAUGAAGCAUCUGACGUAUUCUGUGUAGCUUGAAUACCAGUGUAGUUGAGACGUACAUGUUGUAGUCCAGUCGAUGGUGUAACCAUUUUCUAACCUGCCUAACCAGUCCUGCCAGUCACGUAUACCUCUCCGUUCCCCCGAAACACACCCCUUGUCCCCUCUCCAUGCGAAAGACUGAGCAUGUCAACACUGUAACUAGGAAGAACAGAUCAGGGGCAGAUGCUACGCCCUCUGCCAUUAGCAUCCCGCUCCGGCAUCAGGUCUCGUAGAAAGACGUUGGUCAGUACUGCUAUAUGCUCACUGGUAUUUGACACCAAAACCUUGGGUGGAAGGGUAAGAGGUCAAACAUGAUCACGCUUGUGUAAUAAAGAUUCCCACAUGGUCUGCGGUGUUGUGGAUCUGUAUGUUUGGGGCCAUGUUGGGCGCAUACAGGCCUAGCCUGCAGCUUGGGGGUAGGAGUUUUUCACUGAUCAGGCAAAGGUGAGUGUAGAGGUGGGGCUAAUGGUGGGAAAUGGUGCUGGCUCGUGGAAGGUCUAAUAUGACACACACCAGAACAAAGCAAAGCAGUUACCCAGGAAAUAAGAUGCAUAAUGGUUGGUGGCAUCAGACUUGGUAACAUUUAGGAGUAGUUUGGGGCAAAAAAAAAUAAUUGCAUAGCAUUUGUGUCAGGAAGGCUGCCUGGUAUGUGGUGUUACCCCCACCCUCUGCGAGUAAUGUGACCAUGUAGGUAUUUGCCAGUGGUAUGUUACUGGUUUUAGCUAGACCAACAUUGUGCAUGUUUUUUCCUCCUGGUUAAAGGGCAACUUUGAUGGGUGAUAUUCCAGCUGGCUGAAUGCUGGUAAACCCAAUGAUGUAGGUUAGCCAUAUUUUCAAAAGACCUCAUCUGUCUUAUUUAUUGUAAUUUAUUAGAUUUGUACCCUGGCUAAUUACUACAAAAACCUAUCAGGAAAAAAACACCAUUAUUUCAUAAGAUUAUAUAUAAAGCAUUUGUUGUAAAUGUCUGUUGCUGAAUUGUAAAUUUCAAGAACUGAAACUCAUGAGAAAAUUAAAAUGGUUGCUGGCUAUAA